AUGGCAGGAGUUGAGACACAAGAAAGUCUCCGGAAAGUCGGGAUCACGGAGAAUCCACCACCAGUGGACUACAACUAUGCCGAUGUCGAGCGUCAAGAUAAUCCCGAAUUCCCUGAUGAAUACACCGUCGAAACUCGAACCGGUCUUGUUUCACAGAGAACCUUAGAACAAAUGCGAUCGCGAACCUCCUCCGUCACACAAACUCUCAGCAACAGACAUGAUGAUAUCGAGAAAGGACCUAAAGAGCCAGUACAAUUUGUGACUUUUACCAUUGGAGACGCCGAGCACCCACACAACUGGUCUCGUGGAUACCGCUGGUACAUCACUCUUGUUGCAUCUCUUCUGGUAGUUUGCAUUGCCUAUGGCUCUGCAAUGACGACUGGUGGCUUGGGCCUGAUUGAGGACAAAUACAAUGUGUCAUUGGAGGUUGCCAUUCUCACCUGCUCUAUUAUGGUAUGCGGCUUUGCAGUAGGACCUUUACUCUGGUCGCCUCUGUCUGAGAUCAUCGGUCGCAGACCAGUAUACAUUAUCUCAUUGACACUCUAUACCAUCUUCAACAUUCCUUGCGCCUUAUCACCCAAUAUUGGUGGUCUUCUUGUGUGUCGCUUCCUGUGCGGUGUGUUCUCCAGUUCUGGUCUGUCGCUAGCCGGUGGCACUAUUGCUGAUAUCUGGAACAUCGAGGAUCGCGGUAUGGCGAUUGCUUAUUUCGCUGCUGCGCCUUAUUGUGGCCCUGUCAUUGGACCCAUUGUCACAGGUUGGAUCAAUGUUGGCACAGGCCGACUGGAUCUAUUUUUCUGGGUCAAUUUGGCUUUUGCAGGUGCUUGCACUGUUUUGAUCUGUUUCAUCCCGGAGACCUAUGCACCUGUGAUCCUUAAACGACGAGCGGCCAAGCUUCGAAAGGAAACAGGAAAUGCAAACAUUAUGACUGAGCAAGAAAAGAACAAACUUACUCUGCGUGAUGUGAUCCGAACAAACCUCAUUCGUCCCAUCACGAUGAUCAUGACCGAACCUGUUCUGGAUCUGAUGUGCAUGUAUGUUGUUCUUAUCUACUCCAUGCUCUAUGCAUUUUUCUUCGCAUAUCCAGUCAUCUUUGGAAAGCUCUACAACUACAACGAUGGUCAGAUUGGAUUGAUGUUUAUCCCCAUCUUGAUCGGUGCUGCUUUGGCUCUCCUGGUUACUCCAUACAUCGAAAAGCAAUUUAAACAGACCUGCCUUUUGCGCGCACCAACCCCAGAAGACCGACUUCCGGCUGCUAUGUAUGGCGCGCCCUUUGUCCCAAUCUCACUCUUUAUUCUGGGUGCCACGUCUUAUUCUAAUAUCAUCUGGGUGGGGCCUGCAUCAUCGGGCAUCGCAUUCGGGUUUGGAAUGGUCUUGUGUUACUAUGGUGUGAAUAACUACAUCAUCGACUCCUAUCAGAAGUAUGCUGCAUCUGCACUUGCUGCAAAAGUCUUUCUGCGCUCAGGUGGCGGUGCUGGGUUUCCUUUGUUCAUCACGCAGAUGUAUGAUCGCCUUGGGUUGCAGUGGGCUUCAUGGUUACUGGCCUUCAUAGGACUGGGGAUGGUGUUGAUCCCAUAUGUCUUUUAUUUCUUUGGUGCAAAACUAAGGGCGAGACUGAGUCAUGAUUGA